AUGUCUGAAAUUGGUAUUAUGGUCAGCCAAAUGAAGAAAGUUCCACUAUUGCGGACUCUGGAGAGGCUCCUCCCAGUGCAAUCGAUAUAUUCUCCGCUGAGACAAAUAUCCUCCACUGCGCAAAGGCUAUCCGAUACCAAGAAAAACGCAUAUUAUGAAUCAAACAGGCGGCCGGAUAUCAUGGCAAAAGAUGAUUCAACACCCCAAACUGGCAAGCAAGUGAAGCCAGAAAAGGCCAAGACUGUUUCGCAAGCCGACGAGGAGCUUCGCCAAAAAUUAGAGCAGAUGUCUGGCGGAGGAGGAGCCGCUGGGAUAGAAUACGAAGAUGGCAAGCCUAGUGCCAUGAAGCGAAGUGUUCGAAAUAACAUGUUCCGCUAUAUUUGA